AUGGCAACAGCAGAUGAGAUUAAGGAGGCUCCGUCCCCUUAUGCAGAUGACCCCCAUACAGAUACGCAGCAAGCCGAAGUCGAAGACAAAUUUGAAGUCUUCAAGCGGGGCGAUGGCCAGGUCGACUUCCGCACCGUGAGCUGGAUCCGUGCUUCCGUCAUCUUUCUGAAGAUUAUCUUCGCGACGGGCGUCCUGUCCAUCCCGUCGUUGAUGUACGAGCUGGGCGCCUUCCCGGGCGCCAUCACCGUGAUUGGAUGGAGUCUGCUGAAUACUUACUGCGCAUUGGUGCAGGGCAACUUCCGCAACGCUUAUCCGGGCUGCCAUUCAAUCGCAGACAUGGCGCAGAUCGUCGGCGGGCCGGUAGUGAAGGAGCUCGUCGGGGGUCUGUUCACCGUUAGCUAUGUUAUCGUCGCGGCGUCUGGAAUCAUCGGCGUCUCGACGGCGUUCAAUGCGCUGUCUCUGCAUUCCAUCUGUACAGUUUGGUUCUCGUUCAUCGGAACGAUCAUCAUCGCUAUGUGUGCUAGUGUGCGCAAGUUCUCGCACAUCGGUUGGCUGACCUGGCUUGGGUUCGGGAGUGUCUAUGUGGCUGUUUUCAUUAUCGUGUAUGUUCGCAGCAACCCACAAAGAAACAACAGACUAAUCUCCCCCAGCGUCGGCGUCACAGUUCGCGAUAGACCAGCCGCAGCGCCCCAAACAGGUGACUUCGACCUCGGCUACCGAGUCAUCGGCGACCCAGCCUUCACAACCGGCAUCACGGCCUCAGCCACAAUAUUCGUCUCCAGCGCCGCAACAUCCGCUUUCCUCCCCGUGAUUUCGGAAAUGCGCAAACCAAAAGAUUACCCCAAAGCCGUGUACCUAAGCAUGAGCCUAGUAACAGCAUCCUACCUAACAUUCAGCCUAGUCAUCUACGCCUGGUGCGGCAAAUGGAUUGCCUCGCCAUCCCUGGGCAGCGCUGGCGAAACCGUCAAGCGAGUUGCAUAUGGGGUCGCCCUGCCGGGGCUGAUCAUCAGUGGGUGUCUAUACGUGCACGUUGCGGCGAAAUAUCUCUUCGUGCGGAUCCUGCGCGACUCGCGCCAUCUCCAGGCGAACACAUUUGUGCACUGGGGAACGUGGCUAUCGUGCACGCUUGGGAUGGCUGCGAUAUCGUUUGUGUUGGCUUCAGCUAUUCCGAUUUUUAACUAUGUGUUGGCUCUUGUUGGCAGUUUGUGUUUUGCGCCGUUGGCUAUUAGUUUGCCUGGUUGGUUGUGGCUGUACAGUCAUCGUGACUAUUGGAGGGGUAAUUUUGUCCGGGUUGUUUUAUAUGGGCUUCAUGUUUUUCUUGUUCUGCUUGGCCUGUUCAUGGCGGUUGGGGGAACUUAUGGGGUUGUUGUACAGAUUAAUCAGGCGUACAAGAAUGGGGAGAUAUCCUCGGCGUUUUCCUGUGCGGAUAACAGUGGGUCAUGA